GCACCUGUGUUGUGAAUCACUUGUCAUCAUGGCUGGAAGGUGCAUCUACGCCCCCCACUCCCAGACAAUCCACCAGGAAGCCCAUGGAGCGGAGAAGAAGAUGCUGACUUCAUCCAGUGGGAUUCCCAUUGCAGACCAGCUGAGCUCACUGACCGUGGGACCCAGAGGGCCGGUUCUUUUGCAGGAUUUGGUCUUAUUGGAGGAAACGGCUCAUUUUGUCAGGGAACGAAUCCCGGAGAGGGCGGUGCAUGCCCGUGGAGCUGGAGCAUUUGGUUUUUUUGAAGUGACUCAUGAUAUUACCAACUACUGCAAAGCCAGUGUGUUUGAGUACAUCGGGAAAAAGACGCCAAUUGCUGUGCGGUUCUCUACUACAAGUGGAGAGUCUGGCACUUCUGACUUUCCUCGUGAACCCCGUGGGUUUGCAGUGAAAUUCUACACAGAACAAGGGAACUGGGACCUGGUUGGCAACAACAGCCCAGUUUUUUUCCUAAGAGACCCCAUAUUGUUUCCGUCUCUUUCACGGGCCCAGAAGAGAAACCCACAGACGCAUCUAAAAGACCCAAAUGCACUGUGGGAUUUUUUUAGCCUUCGCCCAGAAACCCUCCAUGAGGUCACCAUGAUAUUUACUGAUCGCGGUACCCCUGAUGGUUAUCGACACAUGAACGGAUUUGGGAUCCAUGCCUUUAAAAUGGUCAAUGCACACGGAGGCCCUGUAUACUGCAAGUUUGUCUACAAUACAAACCAGGGUGAAAAAAAUCUAACCCAUGAAAAAGCAACACUUCUUUCUGGAACAAACCCAGACUAUGCCAUUAAAGAUCUAGAAGAUGCCAUCAACAGAGGAGACUUCCCUUCUUGGACUCUGUAUAUCCAGAUCAUGACCUUUGAGCAAGCCCAAAAUCUGCCUUUUAAUCCUUUUGACAUCACCAAGGUUUGGCCCGAUGCACAGUUCCCAUUGAUACCAGUGGGCAAGUUCACAUUGAACAAAAACCCAGAGAAUUACUUUGCUGAAGUUGAACAGAUCGCAUUUUCCCCACAUAAUCUGGUACCCGGAAUAGAACCCAGUCCUGACAAGAUGCUGCAUGCACGCAUGGCUACGUAUCCUGAUGCCCUGCGGUAUAGGCUAGGCGUUAACCACCAACAGAUCCCAGUAAAUUGUCCCAAGCUAGCGAAAGUAGCGAACUAUCAAAGAGAUGGUUUUAUGGCGAUGGGUAACAAUCAAGGAAAUGCACCAAACUACUACCCAAACAGCUUUGGUGGCCCCGAACAAUCAAGAGAGUUUCUACCAACCCCUGUACAUUUAUCUGGGGAUGUCGCCAGGUACGAUGACUGCAAUGAAGAUAAUGUGUCCCAGGUCCGAACAUUCUAUCUCAUUGCCCUGGAUGCAGCCGAGCGACAGACGCUGUGUCAGAAUAUUGCAAGGAGCCUGGCAGGUGCCCAACUCUUCAUUCAGAAGAGAGCCGUAAAGAAUUUCUCCGAUGUGCACCCUGACUACGGAGCCCGAGUUUUGUCUGAACUUGAAAACCUUGGAGCAGGAAAACAGGGAAAACAGAAGCAGCCGGAACAGGCACCAAUACUCCGCCAGGUCAAUCUCUUCUGAGAUCAUGUGACGAUUCUCCGACGCCUUUCUUCUCAAAGUUUAUAUAUCUAUAAAUCUACAGUAUAUUUAAAGCUGAACUCCAGGAAGAUAUAAAAGGGACAAAUUAGUGUUCUGUAUUUAUUCUUGCAUCAAUAAAUUAAUUUUUUAUAAACUCAAA